AUGAAGGAAUCCGAAACCAUUAAGGACUAUUCUGAUAGGUUGCUUCUGAUUGCAAAUAAGGUAAGGAUACUUGGAACUGAACUUAAUGACAAUAGAAUAGUUCAAAAGAUUCUUGUAACCUUACCUGAAAGAUAUGAGGCAACUAUUGGUUCAUUGGAAAAUACUAAAGAUCUGUCAAAGCUUAGCUUGGCAGAGUUAUUAAGUGCUCUGCAGGCACAAGAACAACGAAGGAUGAUGAGGCAAGAGGGAUCCAUCGAGGGAGCCCUGCAAGCAAAGUUGCAGCUUGGUUCAGGUACUGCUAAGGGUAAUAAAGGAAAAGAAAAGAAAGGAAGUUAUGGAAACUACGAAG